UUUAGAAUGUUUUUGUUUUGAAAUUUGACACAAAUGGCGAUAAAAAUAUAUUUCAUUUGUUAUUUUUCUAAAGAAGUGCCAGUUGUUUGAAGAAAUUGAUGAUAUUUUCGUUGAAAUCGAAGAACUGGUAAAUAUGUCGGAGGCGCAACCCCCCUUGAUUCUAUGCAUGGAGAAUGCGACGGGCGAGGAGGUGGCCCUCAGAAUAGAACCCGAUGAUAACUUCCAAAUGUUCCUGGACAAAGCCAAGGCGCUACUAGGUUUCGACGUGGACCUAAAUUCCAUAACAAGAAACCAACCCGUCUCAUUAUCAGAAAACGUCUAUCAGUUCCUAAUAAAUGCCGAACAAAACUUACAAACAGAUGACCUCACACAAAACUUUGAUCCAAUGUUGGAUCCAAAUGAUGGGGCCAACGAUUUGGUUUACAUAUUGGACGAUGGGACACAAAUUAGGGCGUCCCAAAUACAUUUUGACAAUGAUGAUCCCCUAAUAGACUUAACAGCUGAGAAAAUCCCUUUCGUGAAAUACGCGGAUGACGUCAACGAUGAUAUAGACUUAGAAAACGUUCAUAUACAAGAAACUAAGAAAAUUAACAUCGUAGAAAGCCCAGUUUCCCGAUGGUCCAGUAAAAACUCUAGCCCAAAAUGCAGUUUUAUAAACUCCCUGCCUUUCAAACUAGUCUGCAAUAAUACUUCUGGUUUUGAAGCGCAGUUUACAAAGUACUUAGAAGCGAAUUCGUCAAAAACUUACGCUACACUUAACCCAGUAACUAUUAGGAAUAAAUCCCCAAAAAGUCUUAUUAAAGAUAAUUUUAAGAACUAUGACGAGAGUUACCAAAGAAAUGAUAAUUUGUCCUACACUAGAGAAGAAAUUUUGAACAUGUUUAAAGACUCCCCGAUGACUUCUCUGCCGUACGAUCAGGGGUAUAGCGAGCGCAAACAUGUGAGAAAAACAGAUCCCUCGCGGUUAGUCCAUAAAAAUUGGACUAAGCCCAUUUCCUAUGUAGAUAUUGACGGUGUUCUAAUAGGCGAGAGUGAGAGUCAAAUCUGCUUCAUAUGCGGUAAACACGUUGAUAACAACGUGGAUAAGCUCUAUUUAUUUGAUAACGAGGAUCAGAGAUUACACCGGUGUUCCCCGCAGAAAAAAAUGUCGACACAACUCAAGAUUAUAUGCGAGUGUUGCCUAAACGAGAAUUUUAAGCCGUGUCGUAUGAAAAGUGCCAAUCAGUUUCUGAAUCCUGAUGAGUUCUUAGUUAUUCGGAAUAAUCAACAAUAUAUAUUUCAGAAGGUUAAAAACUUUAGUUUUACUCAUUUGAGUAAACCUAAAGAGGUGAUAAAUAAGGUUGAGACGAAAAUAGACAAGGAGGAGUUUGUUAAAGUCGAAAUUGGUUCUGAUGGGGAGAUUAUAACAAAGCCUAUAGACAAUGAUCCGAGGUCUGAUGACGUCAUAAUUGUUAAAGAUGAGAAGAAGGAGGGUAGUUCCAGUGACGUAGAGAUUAUAGAGCCGGAGCCAGAAAUAGAUAAUAUUAUUGAUAAUUUGGAAGAGGCUGAUGAGGAUGUGAAAGAGUUUUUGGGAAAAUAUCAGUGUGAUAAUAGUGAAAUUACGGAGUUGAAAUGCAGGUUUUGCGAGCAGAUAUUCCCUGAGCUGUCAGGCGUGACGGAGCACUGUGAGACACAUAAACAUGAUCUGGAAGAUGGGGAGGUGUUCCCUUGUCCUCUGUGUAAUUAUGGCUAUGCAAAUCUGAAAUGGCUCAAAGCUCAUCUAAUAGCAGCUCAUGAGAAAUCAGAAACUAAGAAAACUUCAAAAGAUGAAACUGAAACGAAUGCAGGCGAUGAGACAGGAACACCGUCGUCACCCAUAGCGACACGCACCCGCAGCUCAAACAAAAAGGAUGGUGACAAAAAAGAUAACGAAAAUCCUGAAGAGAAAACAGAAUCAAAUGCGGAGACGGUUAAGCCACCCAUCAUAAAGACGGAGGUUAAGCAAGAAUGCCUGGACAGCAGUGAGGAUGAGAUCUGGAUAGUUCAGACCGCAGACGCUGAUGCGCAGGAGUUGCAGAAACUCUUGUGUGCUGCUAAGGUGAAAGAAGAUGGGCAAGAAGGGAAUUCAGAGAAGAUGCAUAAAUGUUAUAAUUGCAGUCAAGUAUUUGCAAGCGCGGAUGGUUUGUCCAGCCAUCGAUGCAGGAGACGAGGUCGGAAGCGGAAGUCCAAGGACCUAGUUAAUCUAAUCUGUAUACCCACUGAAGAAGACUUCUUGAAGAGGGCGCAAGGACGUCCCAGACAAAAUGAUUCUGGAGUCGACAACGAUCUUAUUGUCAUGCGCCCAAGAAAACGGCGCAGUCGGGAACUAACGUCCAACCCCCAAGUGGUGACCUGCCACAACUGUAACGAGUCAUUCACGUCCAAAGUUAGGCUGAAGUUUCAUAUGCAAUUCCACGACACAGCUCGCCCGGUCCGGUCGGACGGGCGCUACCUGUGCGCGGAGUGCGAGGGCGCCUCCUUCGCCACGGAGACGGAACUCUUCGACCACGUCCACUUCCAGCAUGAUAAGCAGAAGCGGUGGCAGUGUCCCGUCGAGGGGUGCGGGAAGACUUUCUUUCUUAGGGCAACACUAACGAAACACAGUCGCACGCACACAGACACGCGGCGCUACGUGUGUGUGACGUGCGACAAGCGGUUCCUGGACAAACAGACACUGGAUGAACAUGGGGUCACGCAUUUACAGAUAAAGCCCUUCCAAUGCCACAUCUGCCUGAAGCAACUGACCCGUCGGUCCCGACUCCGCAUGCACGUGCGUGCGCACGAGGAGGAGCUGGCGCCCCGUCUCGUGCGCGUCUGUGCAGUCUGUGCACGGGCCUUCCGGGACCUUACUACUGCACAGGAACACGCCUCUAAAUCGACGGAAUGUAUCGAGGCGUUUGCGAACGAGCUCAAAGAGGAGGCUGAGGAGGUGACCGUGCAGCUGUCCCCCACCAGUGGACUCGUCAGGCAUACCGUGCAGAUUGUCGAAUCCCCGAAACUGUCGAAGCCGAUAAAGCGCGAGGUGUCCCUGGAGGUGGGGGCUCCGCUGCUGGCCCAGCUGGCGGACGAGGCGCGCGCCCUCAUCCGCGUCGUCGAGAUCGAGAAGGCGUUCCGAUGCGAGUAUUGCGAGGAUGUAUUUUACCUAGAAAGCGGAUUGAACUCGCACCGCGCUAUCCACAAGGGUGUCAAGAAUCCGUUCACUUGUCACAUCUGUAAAGUCAGCUUCGCUACUUACUCCAGAUGCACCACCCACAAGACGACCCAUGGGUUCUACAAGCGCUCCCUGGCGGACGCCAAGAAGACCGACGGCCUGUCUGCCACCGACGGAGCCAACAGGUCUGCCACUGGCAUACUGGGGUACGGAGACUUCCCAGUAGUCAAGCAUUUUCUUUGCGAGGAUUGCGGGCGUUCCUACUUACACUGGACGUACCUACAAGUACACCGACGCAUGAAACACGCAAACGAAAACUUUCUCUACAAAUGUAACCAGUGCGAGUUGACCUUUCCUAACAGUUGGAGUCUAGCUUACCACCGCAAGAAGAUCCACGGUAAGACGGGACCCGACGAUGCCGGGGCCACCAGUAAGAUCAGUAGGGAUGAUUACAGGAUACCGUGCAGAGACUGCAGCGAAGUACUGCCGAAUAAGACUGCGCUAUACAAACACAGGAAGAAGGAACACAGUGACGGAGCCACACGACCUAAUACUAAGACAGGUCCAUACACCAACGAGGAAUCGAACUCGGGAGGUGGCGCGUGUACCCGCUGCCAUGCUACCUUCACUCACGCGGCUGAUCUGCAUAAACAUGUCAAAGAAGCCCACGCCAAGGACGCGGAGUGUCCCCAAGCUUCCACCAGCCCGGUCCAACCCGCGCCGUGUCCCCGUCGUCCGCACGCGUGCCCCGUAUGCGGGCACGCCUUCCGCACCCUGUCCAUGCGGAACGAGCACCUGCGGGUGCACACCGGGGAGCGGCCCUUCCCCUGCGACGUCUGUGGCGUCGCCUUCAGGAGAUCGACAGCGAUGCGCAACCACCGUCUCAUCCACACGGGGGUCCGUGCCUGGGCCUGCGGACGGUGUCCCAAGCGGUUCCGUAUCCGGUCCGACCUCCGCACACAUCUGCGGCUCAAACAUCCCGCUACCAUUGUCGUUGUUGAGAUGGAAGGCUUGAAUCCGACAUCGGAAGAAAUAAUGAAGACACUGGCUUUACAAAACGUACCGCACGACAAGUUAAUAGAAAUUACCAAGAUGUCCUUCUCCAAGGGUACAUCGAGCGUGAUCCCGUCGACAGCCCGCGCCCUGUCGGCGCUGAGCACGGUCCCGCGGACCCACGUCGCCUGCAUCAAACCCACACCGGCCAGGAUGCUGGACGAGUUCCAACCAGCUCGCCGUGGUCGAGGUAUCGCCAAGAACCCGCGGCGGCCGAAGAUCUUGCAGAGGGGGGAGGUGGGGGGACACGACAACACCGCCUACCCCAUUGUCAGCGGAGAGGAACUAUCAGACUUAAACGUUCAGCUGUUACUGCGAGACGGAGUGUUAGUGAACGGGAACCAAAUGGUGCAGCUACAACUAGAUGAUCCCAUGCUGAUGGAGUAACUGCCUUAUGCCCGAAUACUGAAACGCUACUCAAUUUUAAGUUGGACUUAAAUAUCGUGCUAUCUCUGACAUUUUAUAAAGAAUUGAUAGGGACAGAACUACAUUUGAGAGCGUCUUAAAAUUGAGUAGCGUUUGAGUAUUCGGGUAUUAAAUUGUCAUCGUUAAGGCCAAUCUGAGGUGGUUUAAAUCUAGAGACCGUGCAAUGUUUAGUGGGUUUUAUUGUAACUUUCGUGAGACAUACUAAAUUAAUUAUUAUGUUAUCGACUUACUCACGUAACGUUUUGACGAGGAACUCGACUAGUUUCAAGCCAUGCUAGAGGCUCAUAUUCAUAAGCAGCAUUCCGCGACACACGACGCGGCGAUUGUCGCGCUGCUAC